AUGUCUUCCUGGAGCGUCUCACCAGCGCCGUGGUCAGCAGCACCACCGACGACGACGCCGGCCCAGGCCCACCGCGACGAUGACACUGCUUCGACGUCGCCACCAUCAGCGACCUCGUCGGGCGAUGGAAGCGGAGGCGGCAGCAGCAGCGGGGACGCUCACAUCCACUCGACCCUCCCAUCCGCCGAGACGCAACGCCAGAUAUCCUCGGCCCGUUCGGCGGUGGUGGCGUCCCUCGGCAACAUGGUGGACCGGGAGCUCCAGUCGCGCGCGGCCAUACUGCACGACAACACGCGCGCCCUGGACCGCCAGGAGCGGGACGUCGUGGCCGCCACGGCGGGCCUGCAGAGGCAGAGGGAGAGGCUGGCCCGCGAGGCCGACGCGGCCGCCAGGAGCCUCAAGGAGGUCGGCCACGUGCAGAACUGGGCCGAGGUUCUGGAGCGGGAGUUCCUCGUCAUCGAGGAUACGGUGCGCAGGGCCAACCGGGGCCGGAGGGAGGGCGGCGGCAGCGGCAGCGGCAGCAGCACCGGUAGCGGGAGUGCCGGUGCGAGCGUCUGCAGUUGCAGCGAGUGUGGGCGGGACGAGGAUCGGGAUGUCGUCGUGCCCGACGGUGCGGAUCGAAAGGGAGAGGAUAUUGCGGACGGUGAUGACGAGGUGGCCGACGGCAAGACUUGGUCGGAGGCUAGUCGGAGCUUGCAUGGGGAGUCGAGUACCGGAACUGCAUCGUCAUGA